AUGACCCGACAUUCCCUUCUCCUCGUUCUCCUUGCUGCAGGGAAAUGUCUUGCAGAGGUCGCCGUUCUCGCCAAAUCCACUUCCCGAGCGACUGACUUAUCCACUGGUGUCGACAUCCCUCGAGCAAGGUUUUUGGCUUCGGGAUCAGGCAGUCUUCAUGACGAUCUCAGCUUGCUGGACAUCGUCCUUGUUGCCUCGGUGGACGGAAAACUCCAUGCGCUUAACAGGACGUCUGGGGAUACUAUAUGGUCGAUGGCAGCUUCGGAGGGCACUGUGCCCGCGACCUUAGGUCCCCUAGUGCGCACCCAACACCCGGAUAUCGACCGCGACUUGUUCGACGACGACUCCGUGCACCAGGCAGUCUAUGUUGUAGAGCCUCAGUCUGGAGAUAUUUAUGUCAUGUCUUCCCCGGAUAGCCCUCUCCACCGUCUCCCGUUCUCGAUGCCUCAGCUGGUAGACAUGUCACCCUUCAGCUUCUCUGGCGGCGAGGAGAAUAGGCUAUUUAUUGGUAAGAAAGAGAGUUCUUUGCUGCUGAUCGAACUAGAGACCGGUCGAGUCAAAGCAAUCCUUGAUUCCGAAUGUCCAUGGGAUCCCUUCCAAGACCUUGCGCAACCUGCAGAGUUCGAGCUCGAUCUGGAUGAACUAGAUGGAACGAAGCCUCCCAAAUUGCAAUCAACGGAAGUCUACAUAGGCCGCACUGACUAUCAUGUCUCGAUACAUACCCGCUCUUCCCGUUCGUCCAUUACAAACCCGCCGGUCCAGAGGCUGUCUUUUUCAGUUUAUGGCCCUAACAAUCAGGAUCUCGGACUACAAACCUUCUAUCGACACACAGCAGACGAUGCAUAUAUCCAGCCUCUUCCCAGCGGCGAGAUCCUCUCCUUCAAAUCUGCGAACAUACAUUCCCCGCCGUCUGGGGUCUCACAUAAUGCGCAACUUCUGUGGGGACAGUCAUUCGCCAAUCCAAUCGUUGCUGUAUUCGAUGUCUUACGAGAGCCGAAGAGAGAUCAUCCGUUCGUUCUCUUACAGCCUCGCCUUCAACUGGAAGACAUUUUUCCAAAUUCGGAUUUUCGUGAAGCAGCAGCUCAUAGCUUGUUGCCCAAUCGCGAAUCAGCAUAUGUAGGGCUGGUAGAAAGUUCGGGCUCACUGUUCGCCAUGAGCCCAAGCAACUUUCCGCUUAUAGUAUUCGGUGACGUAGGAGUUGACCGACUCCUGGACGCUUCUUCAGCAGAUGCAGGGGAUACGCUCAGAAAUAUUCCACGCGACCUGGAUUUGGGAAAGCUUCGCAAAUUGUGCCAAAAAGGGAGUACCGAUCUGCGGUGUCUGACUGGCGUACGAAAAUUGGAAUCUUCCAGCAAGUCGAGCAUGAGCGGGCUGCUUGAUGGUGCACCGUCCGUUCCCCUUCCUCCCGGGGGGACACGACCGAUUGGUCCUCACGUAUUUGAUAACACCUCUGGGGGCGUUUCCAGCAAGAACAGCGUUCAAAACGAGUCGAUGUCCGCCAAGAUGGUAUGGGACUCGGAACAUGAAUCCCAUCUUAGAAGUGAGUUCGGAUUCUUAGAUGCAAGUCCUCCAGUGCAAGCAUUUUCGGCGUUCGUAUUGUGCACACUCCUCUUGCUUGUUGUUUUCGUUUGGGCUACCAUGAGGAAGAAUACAACUAUGCGUGCUACACUUGCUCAUGGAACUACACCAGCCGCGAGGCCGGAAAUGUACAAGCAAGAUAGCACCGCAGAAACCCUUCACGGCACCUCCAAUGCACCGCCUAGUCAGUCUGGUGAAGAUGUCGCAGAAAAGGUUGUGAUGUCUCGACCAUCUACUCCCAUCCGACCACAAACACCCGGCACAGUGAGCAAGAAAGUUGCUUUCCUUGCCAAUGGCAAUAGUGACGAUUGGGAGUUGAUUCGGGCCGGUUCACAAGACGACAUUCAAGACGAAGAUGACAGCGAUAAGGAUGGCGACGUACCCACAACUCCUGGAAAACGGAAAGGGCUAAGGAGAAAGCGGGGGAAGAAGAAGAAAGGACCUGCCAAUGGUAACGCGGUUCACGACGAUAUUCAGACUGACAAGGAAGAUGGAGAGAAAGAGGGUGCGGCAACUAACGGCGAUCCGACAUCCCAUGUAGCCGAAAUGAACGCACCCCUUCCAAUUUCACCAUCCACAAUCGUCCUUUCUACGCCACCCUCACCUGGCCCAGUUGUACCGUCACUCAUGGUGUCGGAUACCGUAUUGGGAUUCGGAUCCCAUGGGACUGUCGUUUUCAAAGGCUCAUUACAAGGGCGCGCAGUUGCUGUCAAGCGUCUGCUACAAGACUUCGUCACGCUUGCGUCUCGAGAAGUUACUAUUCUCCAAGAAUCCGAUGACCAUCCCAAUGUGAUUCGAUAUUAUUACCAAGAAUCACAGGGUAACUUUCUCUACAUAGCACUUGAACUUUGUCCCGCAUCGCUCGCGGACGUCAUCGAACGUCCCUGCGACUUUCAGGAAAUCGUGGGCGCGUUCGAACCAAAGCGCGCCUUGCGGCAAAUCACUGCCGGCCUCAGACAUCUACAUGCGCUUAAAAUAAUCCACCGGGAUAUCAAACCUCAAAACAUAUUGGUGUCGCAUGCCAAGAAGGGGAUUGGUGAGAGUGCUGGACACCGGAUGCUUAUUUCGGACUUUGGGCUUUGUAGAAAGCUGGAGAUCGAUCAGACGAGCUUUUUACCCACCGCGCACGGGGCCAUGGCAGCAGGUACUGCAGGAUGGCGUGCACCAGAGAUUUUGAGGGGCGAAGUCAAGUUAGAUGAGUCGGGGGGAGAUGAAUCGCAAUCAUCCCGAAGCUCUGUCGGAUCUUCUUCAACCGCUGGCACGCCUACAGGCAAACCAACACGAUUGACGAAGUCAGUUGAUAUAUUCGCUCUCGGAUGCCUGUAUUACUAUGUUCUUACGAGCGGUGGGCACCCUUUCGGUGACCGCUUCGAGCGGGAGAUCAAUAUCCUCAAGAACGCCAAGUCUCUGGAAGGCCUUCAGCAUUUCGGCGAGGAAGGGUCAGAAGGGACGGAUCUCAUCACCCGUAUGUUGUGUCCGGAAGCAUGCGAUCGACCGGACACAAGCACAUGUCUUUUGCACCCAUAUUUCUGGAAUCCUGGCAAGCGUCUCAACUUCCUUCAGGAUGUCUCCGACCGAUUCGAGAUUAUGUGUCGAGAUCCGCGCGACUUAAAUCUUACUCUUCUCGAGACCAAUGCGUUUAAUGUAGUAGGAUCUGACUGGCACUCGCGACUGGACAAGCUGUUCAUUGAAAACUUGGGCAAAUUCCGAAAAUAUGACGGGAAAUCCGUACAAGACUUGCUGCGUGCAUUGCGGAAUAAGCAGAAACAUCACUACCAGGACCUACCGGACAACGUCAAACGACUUCUUGGCUCAAUGCCUGAAGGAUUUUUAGCUUACUUUACUCGCCGUUUCCCCCACCUAUUUCUUCAUGUCCACUCCGUUGUCUCGUCCUCGCCUUUGCGGACCGAGUCGAUGUUCCGGACAUACUUCGAGCUCUCUGACUGA